GUUAGGUGUGAAUUGUCAAAUUUGACAGCUAGAUUUUCUAGAUUAAAAAUUUUGUAAAUAAAAAUUAUAAUGGGCGCCACAAUUGUGCACAGACUAAUUUUGUGCUUUGGAUUUUUGUCAUUGUUUCAUGCUGCGUAUUCAGCUGCACAGCAUCGAUCGUAUUUGAGACUGAAUGAAUUGGAUUUUACUCGAUUACCACUGGAUAUUUUCAUCCAAGCACUUGUCAGUUUAUUUAUCAUAAUGUACGGUGUUCUUCAAGUGGCAGGCGAUUUUAAGGAAAUUAAAGCUUCAGCAGAACUGGAAAACAGGUCGUGGGAAACAUUCAGAAACAUUCCUUCAUUUUAUACAUUUUCACACAGAGGUAAAAUGUUUUCAAAAGCAUACAAACCAGCACUAACAAAAGCAAGUUUGGAAGAUUAGGUGGGAAUUGCCAAAGUAUUUUCAAGAGAACUGAAAUUAAACUAAUUUAUUUGUAGUGUCACAAGGCAUUUAUUUGUAUUGUAAUGUAUUGUUUGUAAAUACUUCUGAAUAUUACAUGGGUUUUGUACAAAGAAUUAAUUCACAAAUAAAUAUAACAAACAAU